AAGUGAUAAUUUAAUUAUCGUAAUAAAAUAACCUGGCAUGUCGCAAACUUCAGUAAUAUGAUGGUGUAGGAAGUGCCAUGUAAAAAUCCCUGCCACGUCCCUGUAUGGGAGGUCCAUAACUUUCUAACGAUGGGCUCGGAUAUAACCUCUAGCCCGAUCUUCGACGGCAUUUCUGAAGGUGGAAAAUUGGUUUUUAAUUAUACAGAACGAAUCAGUUCGAUAAAAAAUUCAUUACUUCCUUUGGUGGUUAGCCCGACAUUUAAGGUACUUCGUUUCGGUUCGGCUGAUUUUCACUAAUGCGAUGGACAAUAAUAUCAGCGACACCAAGUAUGGAUAUAUACGACUUAAUAAUAGUAAACGAACAUGAACGUGCGUAAUGUAUUUCCGGAGCUCUGACAUUUCUGACAAUAAGGCCUAUUGAAAUAAGUUUCCUUCCCGAUUCGAUCCUUAUGUUCAGUGGUUUAAACAAAAGGUCAAGAUCAGUAGCUUUGCAAAACACCUUUGCCACUGGGACCCUGGAAAGAUGACCCCAAAAACUAGAGGUUAAUCGUGCAAUUCUGGCCUUCAUUUACGUUUAACAAAGGACAAUAUCUGAUGAUUCUAGUCCGGAUAUCACGUGACUGCUUAUCCUCCACGCGUGACAUCGUUUUCCCGCCAAACAAAAGCUUUGCAUUUUAAAAGAGUUCUUUAGAGUAAUUUCAUGCUUUUUGCCUUCGUUUAAGCACAAUUUUAAACGCUUGGGUAAAUAUUUUUCUUGAGUAACCGAACUAGGGAAGGACAUAACGAUAUCUGUGGUGACCUUGUGACAUAUCGGGUCGAAGGAACGGUGACAGAGCGUUGCAGUGCUUCUCAGCACGGUGUGAACUAUAGUCGUUCGUUUCAUACUGGCAAAACAUCGCUACAGCUGAACGGAGUGGAGGCUCCGAGGAUAUGGAAUUAGCUACUCACAGUGAGUGUUGUGAUAAGCGCGUUGAUGAUAAGGAUCUUGUGAAUAUGUAUGGAGGUGUGGCAUAUGACCAUGAUAGCAUGCCAAAACUUCUUGCUGUGCACUUUUCAGCACAUGAAAGAAUGAAUUCAGGGGUCAACCAUGCAGAAAAGCCACAAUGUUCCACGGUGGAGUCGAUGAUCAAGAACUGGCGCUCGAUUUUAAUUGGAAUCAGAAGCAGCUCAGAAGGACUUGGGGAAUUAACCAGCCAGGGAUCAUAUAUUGAUCUGAAAGAACAUUUAGAGUCGGUUACAAAUGUGAAAGGAGUUUCGUUGACGGAGUUUGGUUUGGAGCAUUUCAUUCAAGGUAAUUCACGAGCUUACAAUUCGAUAUCCUCAACUUCGGCCGCAAGGGAAUUUUAUGACAAGAGAUCACCAUAUAAUGGGACGUUGGUAAACGACCACGAUAACUCCGAUACGAAAUACAGGUUAAGCUGUGACAAGAUUGCCACAGGCGAUAAUCAAGCAGGCAAGUCACUAAUACGUCACUUGUUGCUUAACAAGAAUGAAGACAAUUUCAAGUGCUCAGCGGCUGUUGCAGAAUUGAUCCCACCAUCUGAAACAUGGUCCUCUUCGGUUAAUUUAAGCGCAAAUUCUUUUACAGCUUCUGACCUCGGGAAGCAGAAUAAUGACAAGUUAGAGACCCUUGAAUGGCGUAAUGUUGGUGUGUUGGCCGAUACUCAGAAAUACUCUUUUGAGUUUUAUACUGACAAGAAUUCAAAGCUUUUUACAGACAAGGAUUUGAAAGCAUCAUCUGGCAAUGACUGUCGUCGACGAAAAGCAGAUGAAAGCGUCAAAACUGAAAAUACACCUACCUCUUCCAUGAAAACUCAUGAUUUCCCCGUCGGCAAAGAUAUUGGAAUUGCUGAUCGUUCAGAGGCAGACAAAAAGAAUCCAAAAUCCUCCUUUGGUAGUGUCAAGUUAUUAGAAAUAAAUCCGCUUGGAUGUGAUGCAAAGAAACGUCAAACUGACUGCUUAAUACCUCGCAAACGGCCACGGAAGUCAUUUCCAAGGAAGCUCAAUCCAGGCAGAGGAAAUUUUGAUUUUGACCUCCUUAGCAACUGUAGUGAAGAAACGCUAAGUGCUGAUGAAAUAACUCCAGAGCUGUCCCCUCAGCGGUGCACAUCAGUGGCCUCUCCCGUUCACAAGGAUGGGUGUACUUCAAUACUUUCUUCUAGACGUGACCUAUGCAAACCAGUAGUUUCUUUUGGGAAAGGACAGCAGAGUGCAACAGCGGUUGCUGCAGUAAAGGAUGAACAAAGUUCAAUUGUGGCUUCCUUUGAAGAGGAAGUGAAGGGUUGUGAAGGUAGUUGCGCUGAAAGGGAAGAACAGAGGUCACCAGUAGUUUCUACUGAAAAGGAAAAGAAGAGUGUGGUAGCAGUUCAAUGCAAUACAGAACUUCCUCCUGAAAAGGAAGUCCAGAGUAUAUCUAAAGUUUCUCUCGAUAAGAGAGACCUAUCUGAAGCGUGUGUUCUUCCUGAAAGCAUGGGGUCUCAUCGAGUAUCACAUAGAGGGACAAAAAUAGUCUUCAAGAGGACCGGAGGUGUAUGGUCAGUUUCCUCACCGACGAACUUAGGGGUCGGAGCAGACAGAGCGAGUAAAGAAAUGUGUAGCUCUGGCAAACCAAUGCAAAGUACUGGGAAUGUACCCAAUGCUGCUCAAGAUUUCAACGACCUCUAUCGUGAAAAACCAACUGAAAAGAUUUGCGUUUUCACCGGUCGGCCAAUUGCUUCUCUUUUAAGCGCUGAGGAGCCCUGUUUCUCUUCCGCGUUAGAUCGGGAAGCACGCAUCAAGGAACUACUCAUUAGACAAGAGAAGCUUUUGGCACAAAUGCGGCAGCAGACAGUGACGUCUCAAAACUAACCAGAAUGAUGCACAACCAGUUACACAGUAUUAUAAUUGUCGCAAGCGGUUUGGUUGUGUUUUGUUUUUAUCUCAUGUAAAGACUUUUACUGCGUAGAAAGUUUUGGUCUUUCUGCAGCAAACCAAUGGAUGUUGGUGUUUACAAAGCAAGGUCUUUUUUACGCUUACGAAAUGCUUUCUCGGUGAUAAGUUCUUGUUUUCGUAAUAUAGUGAUAAAUUGCUGUGGAUACUAUUUUUCCUUUUAUAAUAGUUACUUUGCAAUUUUGCAGUCAAAAUUCCUAAAAGCUACCUUUCGCGCUGCAUCAGUCGGUAUAGCGACGAAAACUAGUUAGAUCAUUUAAGUUUGAACAUUCAAGUAGUAUACACCUUUUGUUUCAAUCACACCUUCAUUUGAAUUACAUGAAAUAUGAUCCUUGUGCUAA